CUUUUUCGGAGAUCGGAAAUUCAAAAGACUUCGUAAUCACAAUCUCAAUCAUAUCAAUUCGUUACCGUUAUCAUUUAUCAUUGUUAUUGUCACCAACUGACAUACUGACGUAAGUCAUUUUCUCUAUCCAUCAUCGCAAACUUCAUCAGAAUCAGAUGUCCCAACUCAACAAAACAAUUCUGACACUGACAACAUAAUUCGGGUAAUUCAAACAUCUUCUUUCUUUGAAAGUUUUUAGAUUCGAUUAUUAUUAUUAUUAAUAUAAUAUUAUUAAAUAUUAUUGAAUUAUUGAAUUUGGACUCGAAUGUCAGUAACAAUAAUUAGUCUUAGUAAAUAAUGAUGAACUCAUUGUUUAUUGAAGGCCAUUGGCAUUUGAAAUAAAAUUGAAUGAAUGACAAAUCUUAGAGUGUCAGUUUCAGUUAGUGCACUAGUGUACAGUACAGUCAGUACAGUUAUCAGAGUCAAUAUGACAAUAAAUGACAAUAUGAAUAAUGUCAAACAUUAGUAGGCAUGGCCGCCAGCAGGGGGGGGGGCAAGUGGGGACACUUGCCCCCCCACUUGCCCCCCCCCCCCCGGAUUGAUUGGAUAAACAUUUUUUAGACAAAAAAUGUAUUAAAGUAAAGAGAAAAUAAAGAGAAAGUAACUAAGCUGAUUUCCUGCCCGUUCGUUCACCAUACAAAUACGCUACAGUAAAUUAAAACUACAUUAACACAUUACUGAAAAAAAUUUGCCCCCCACCCCCCCCAGAAAGACAAAGAAAGUUAAUCGAUUUUUUUUUGCCCCCCCCUAGAAAGUUUUCUGCGAGCGCCCAUGUUAGUAGGCACUAUCAUUUUUCCCUUAAGUAAGCAGUAAGACAUUAAGAAUAGUAAGACUAUUAAACUAAUAAUUAGUAUUAAAAUAAUAAAAGAGUCCAUAAGUCUAAGUCUAAGUCUAAGUCUAAGUCUAAGUCUUAGUCUAAGUCUAAGUCUAAGUCUAAGUCUGAGUCUACGCCCCCCACUUUUUUGUUGUUGCUGUUCCCACCAAAUCAUCAAAUGUCAGAUAUGAUAUAUAUUAUAUAUGUCACAAAAUUUAGAAAUAAAUAAUAUUGUCACAAAUUUGUGACACCCCUCCCACCUAGUUGCAUAAGUUGGGCAUAGCAUUAUUUAUGGCAUGGCCCUUUUACUUUUGGUAGAAAACUUAUGAUAUUUUUUAUUGACUAAGAUUUUUGGUCAUGUCCUUAAAUUUAUGCCUGAUUAUUCCUAGUAAUUAGUUGCAAAAAAAUUAUUUUAAAAUCUUUAACUUAUUGUGACCAAUAAUUUUGUCACAUUUUAUUAUGAUAGUCUUUAAAUUUUGUUAAAUUAAAUUCACGAUGAGAUACAAAUAGCAUGUAUUCAUUUAUGGGGGUCCCAGAGUCAUCAUAGGGAGGCAAAAUGAUGCUCCUCCUUGAGUCCUUGUCAGAGAUUUAUUUCUGAGCUCUAGUAUCUAGUACAUUUAUUAAUUUUAUUGUCCUAUAAAAUGGGUGAAUAAAUUUAAAACAAAAUUUUUAGGCCCUUUUGUUGGCCAGUCCAUGAUUAAUUUUUGAAAUACCUCGACAUGCUAAAACAAGUUUAGCUGUUAGAUUUUUUUAUUUUGAUGAAGGAAAAGUACCAGUACUUUAAAAUAAUGUUUAUUUAUGAUUAAUAAUAUAUAUAUUAUAAAGGCCUACAUGAGGACUAGAUUACCUCUCUAGUCUUACUGUUGUCUCUUACAAACAUUUCAUCUUUUCUUUCUGUGAUUCUCAAAUCUCAAUGCAUCCACAACCCCCACCCUCCUCACCCGAUCCGUCUCCACAAAAAAAUUUAUUUUAAAAAUUCAUUAUAUGGACUACCGGUACCUAUUAAACCCAAACUUUAUUCCAAUUACUAAUUAAUAGAAUUGGUGUUCAUCUUUGUAAGAUUACCCUCCAAUUAAUAUAACCGAGUUCAGUUCCUCAGCUGACAUGUACUUUUAGAGGGAUGUUUUUAAUGACUCCUGCCUUGUCUAAUAUUUGUGUUACAAUAUUUGAAUCAACACCUGAUCUUCAAAAGGCCUAGCAAAAAGUGUCCUUGUACCUGGCAUUGUUUUUAACUUUUUACCAAGGCAUUUCAAUUCAAAAUUAACCCAAUAGCCCACACUCAAUUUAUUAUUAUCUAAUUUAAUUUAAUUUAUUUAUAGGCUGUUAGGUAGAUGAAAGCACUUUGAUGAAUUGCAAAAUUACGCAGAAUAAAGCCACAACGUCUAAUCAAAUGUGGGAAGGUUCAUCAACAAUAUAUUUGAAUGCCCAUAUGCAGGGGGCUACAUAUAUCAAUACAAAGAAAAAUUUAAAAUUAAGUUUUUGAGAGUUGAUCAAAAAAGAUAAUUUCAUUAUAUCUAUGCUUUUUGCAUGAAAGUUUUACAUUGUUAUGAUACAAAAAUUGAUACAAAAUACAGACCUUACUUACUUACUAUAUAUUUUUUAGAACUAUGUACCCUAUUGUGUAUAUUGAUAUUAAUUAAUUCUAUCUCUCUCUAUAUAUGUGCUAAUAGGCUUUUAAUUAUUUAAUUUUUAUAUGUAAAAAAGCUUAUAAAAAUGUAAUUUGUUAAAAUGUGCAGUUGAUGCUAAUAAAAGCAAGGUUAAGAAAUCUAUCCAUGCUUGUGCUAAAAAAUGGAAACUAAUUUUAAAAAAAUAAAAUAAUUCUACUAUAAUCUAUUUACCAUAUGCCUAGCAGCAUUCUGUUCCCUUGUUUUUCUAAAUGUAUCAAUCUAAUUGUACUGGUCCAUUUGGAUUGAUAAGUAAAUACUAGAUGUCUUUCUUGAGUGGGCCCAAGUGAACCAGGGACAUGUGCUUCCCAGUAACACAUAUGUCUUCCAGUAGCACAUGCCUACUUUUAGCACAUAUGCCUCCCAGUAGCACUUAGGUCUCCCAGUAGCACAUAUCUCCCAGUAGUACAUGUAUCCCAGUAGCACAUGUCUCCCAGUAGCACUUGUCUCCCAGUAGCACAUAUGCCACCCUUUAACACAUUUGCCUCCCAGUAGUAUAUAUGGCCCCCAGUAACACAUAUGCCUCCCAGCAACACAUAUCUUCCAGGAUCACAUAAGUCUUCCAGGAGCGCAUAAGCAUGCCUCCUAGUAGCACACAUGCCUCACAGUAGCAUACAUGCCUCGCAGGAGCACAUAUGUCUUCCAGUUACACAUAUGCCUCCCAGUAGUACAUGUCUGCCAGUAGCAUGUGUGUCCCAAAGCGCAUGUCUCCCUGUACCACAUAUGACUACCUGUAGCACAUUUGCCUCACUAUAGCACAUAUGCAACCCAGUAACACAUAUGCCUCCCAGUAGUACAUAUGCCACACAGUAGCACAUAUGUGUUCAAGGAACACUUAUGUCUUCCACUUGCACAUUUUCCUAACAGUAGCACCUAUGCUUCCAAAUAGGACAUGACCAAUAGCAGCACCCAAUAGCAGCACAUAUGUCAGCCUUUAGCACCUUUGCCACCAAGUAGCACAUAUUCCACACAUGCCUCCCAGUAGCUUAUAUGCCUCCCAGUAACACAUAUGCCUCCCAGUAGCACAUAUUUCUUCAAUUUGCACAUUUGCCUAACAGUUGCACGUAUGCCAAACUGUAUCGUAUAUAUCUCCCAGUAGCACAUAACAUGCUUCCCAGUAGCGCAUGUGUCUUCCACUUGCACAUAUGUCUAACAGUAGCACAUGUGCCUCCCAGUAGCACAUGUGCCUCCCAGUAGCACAUGUGCCUUCCAGUAGCACAUAUGUCUUCCACUUACACAUAUCUCUAACAGUAGCACAUAUGCCUCCCAGUCGCGCAUAUUUCGUCCACUUUCACAUAUACCUUACUGUAGCGUAAAUGUCCCCCAGCAAGCACAUAUGCCACCCAGUAGCACAUAUUUUUUCCAGGAACAUAUGUCUUACAGGAACAAACAUGUCUUCCACUUGCACAUAUGCCUUACUGUAGCACAUAUGCCUCCCAGUAGCACAUAUUACAUAUGCCUAACAGUAACAGGAACACACAUGCGUCCCAGUAGCACAUAUGUCUUUAAGGAGCACAUGUGCCUUUCAGUAGCACAUACGCCUUCCAGGGGCACACGUCUCCCAGGAGCACAUAUGUCUUCCAAGAGCACAUUUGACUCCCAGUAGCACGCAAUUUGAGAACUAAAAAAAUCAGUCAAGUCUAGGAUCGCAUGAGUUUUAACUGUCAAUUAUAAAAUAAAAUCUCAUGUUUAUUUUAAAGAAAAAUAUCUAUAAUGUGUUAUUGUUGCUAUUAAUCAUUAUUAUUAUUAUUUUUUAAUUAUUGGGAGAGAUGAUUAUUAUUCAUUUGACUGUUGUCUAACAUUUUUCAAAGCCUUUAUAGUCAUAGAUAAAUCUUAACUUUACUUGUUAAAAAUCUCUUCUGCAGAUUUUUGAAGUACUAUAAGUUCUGAGGUGAUCAUCAACUUAAAACUAUUUAAAUAAUGGAUGAUAGAGAACUUGAUAUUCCCUUAAAUGCAUCGGGUAACAUUUUAAAAUUUUCUUACUGUUACUUUUGCUAAUCUUAUUGUAUCGGUACUUUUUUUCUUGGUCAAUGCGCAGUUAAUAUAUGUUGUUCCCACUUUUGUUGGUGGAUGCUAGAUGUUCUCGGCGUGUAAAUAUUGCUGAAUAUUUUUGAAGCUAUUACCAUGUAGCAUUCUGUGAAUGUUGGAUGUUCCUUGGGUGUAAGUAUGGGGGAAUUUUUUGAUGCUCUCAAUCUGUUAAGUUGUAUGAAUGUUUGAUGUGCCUCGGGUGUCGUGAUGGGGGGGGGGGGUAUGUUUUGAUGCUAAUUUUAAGUAACUUUCCUUAACAUUUUGAAAGAUUGGACUUUAAUAAGAGUUAUUUUAUUGUUUUAAUAAUGUGUUCAAAAUACAUAAUUAAACUUUAAUUUUAAAAGAAUAAUGUUAUUUGUUUGCAAAGAAUAAUUACCUACGUAUUAUAUUUUAAUUAUAUUGUAGUUGUAGUAAUCGUAUUACCCAGCAGUUAAUUUUAAAUUUCGAUACAUAUCUGCAAUUUCUUAUGAUAUGUCAAACUGUCAAAUUAAUAAUUAUUUUACAAAGUUAAAAAAUGUAUAGAUCAUCAAUUUACAAAUAAUUUUAUUUCAUUAUAUUUUGUAUUAUAUUUUAACUCCUGUUUUUCUGUUUUUUGACAUUCAUAAAUAUUUUAAGAAAAAUAAUUCUAAAUGCAAUCAGACCCCUUUUGAAUGUAUUUCUUCAUGUAAAAAGGAAAGAUAUCUUUUUCCAUUGACAGAAAAUACUUUCAGGAAAUAUUUCAAAUCAGCAUAUGACAGAAAGAUUACUGAUUUAUAUUAAUGAAAAGAUGUUCAUGUCAUCAAAUUUUUUUCUAUGUAAUUUAAAAAAUAUGUCAGUACAAGUUUUUAAAUAAUUGGUCUCCAAAAAUAAUUUAAAUUAUCUUAAAAAAGAAAUAGGUUGAAAUUAUUAAACAAUUUAUAGUUUCCAACAUCAUUUUAAACAUUGUUGAAGUUGGCUAUUUUGCUUACAUUUACCAUAUUAGCCAGCCUACAACAAGUUAAUGAUCAUUAAAUUGAAAUAAUUGUUUUCUUUUACCCCUUAUUUCCCCACCAAAUUUAUAACUUACCUUCACAUUUUGUUUAAGUCUAAAUGCCCAGAAGGGUUUUAUAAUUUGAUUUUGCUCUCAGUCGUUCCUAUAAUUCAAUACAACUUUUUUCUUUGACACUGAUAUUCUUUUCUUUUUUAAAAUAUAAAUGUUUUUUUUACAAAUUUUCUUUAGAACUGUUAGCCAGGAUUAAAAAAGAAAGCAUGGAAGUUCUUGUUAAAUAAUUUAAUUUUUCUUGUAAAUUAAUUGGUAGAAAUAACAUUUGCAAUGCUUGUUUUAUUAAUAAAUUCUCUUAUGUCCCAAUAUUGGUGAAUGUCCAACAUUGGUGAAAGUAUGUAUGUUCAAAUAGCCUUGUCACCGAAAGAGGACUAUAUUUUAAAUAAAUGAACAUCUUCCGACACCAAGUAAAAAAACUGUCUUAAAAACUUAGACAUUGUAUUAGUGUAAAGAUACAUGUUUUCUAGCUUAAAAUGGAAAUAAUGUGGUCGAUAAAAAAUUAUUAGUCACUAAUGAGACUAAGGCCCUGAAAUAUUUUUUUCUUCUUCAUUUGGUUGCAGGCAACAUCAAUGUGCAUCAGGAUACAUUUUUGUGAGUAGUUCUUUUAAAAGCAAUUUAAAAUUUAAGGGAAAAACUUUUUUUUUGUCUUUAUCUUUUAUUUAUCCCUUGGAAAAGCUUGAGCUUUUUGUAUUCUCUGAGCUACAUCAAUAAAGCCAGCAUAACUUCAAAAGAAUAUCCAAAGAACAUGUUUCUAUUAAAAACCUUCCUUUACGAAGUAUAAUAAAAAAAAAUUUAAAAAAUUAAAUCAGAACUUAGCUUAGAAAUUUGUAAUAGCUUACAAAGUAGGCAUAUUACAUUUCAUAUAACAAUAAAUGACUGUCUCUCAAAAGAUUGAGAUGGUAUUAAAUCUAUUGUAACUAUGACAUCUUUAUAUUUUGGUUAAAAAAUUAUGACAUUUUAAAAAAUAUCUAAUAAAAAUGAAUUAAUUUUCCUAACCAAUUUGUCAUGUCCUGGAAAAUUGUGUUCAAACACAAAUAACUUUGAUUUUAUCUUUAUUAAAAUAUAUACACAGGAUGUGUGUCUUCAAGAGAUAAGUUUGAAAUAAACAAGUGAUAUAAGUAAUUAACUUUCAUAAUCUCUUUACCCAGAACGAAAACAGCAGGCCCUAUGGAUCCAAGCUACAGUGAAUAUGAUUUUUCACAUCCCCGACGGGGUAUUGCUGUAAUUGUUGUCAAUAACCAGAUCGAGGGACACAAGGAGAAAAGAACAGGCAGCGAGAAGGACAUGACCUUUUUUCAACAUAUGUUUACUGCAUAUGGAUUUGAAAUCCGUACUUUUUUUAACAAGAAAAGCCAGGAUCUGUUAAAAGAGCUUCAUAACAGUAUGUUGUUUUUUUAAUAUUAUUUUAUAAGGAAUUAUUCACAUUCCACUACAUAAUAUUUCACUACAUAAGACAUAUAUUAGCAUUAAGAAUAGGAAAUAACCUUAGACUUAAACAACUUUAAAAGAAUUUUGUUUUGCUGUUUCUUAGUUAUAAAAAUUGUUUGAAAAAUUAUUUAAAAAAAUGUUCCAAUGAAAUUAUUGAAAUGCAAUUAACUACAAUUUCAAUGAUUAAUGACUCAUUAACAAAAAUUGCGUGUUCAGAUAUGGUAGGAGGAUCUCUUUUAUGUGGCAGUCACUAGGCAGAGAGGCUGUCGUGGUUUAUUGAGCCAGAACUACUAUUGAAUCAAGAGAAAACAUUAUGUGUUACUUCCUUAGCAUGAAUUAUGGGAAUAUUUAAAGUAUUUGUCCAUAUGAUACAACAGGCAUUUUGACUGAAAUCCUUCUUUGGAGAAAAGAAUGAAGAAAGUUUUGUUUUGUUCUUAAUAUUUAUUUUUAAUAGCAGUGCUGGCUUAAAUUCUGUGCAUUUAAAAAUGAUCAUGUUAUUUUAGUUUCCAAGGAAGAUCACUCUGAAAAUGACUGUUUUGCCUUGGCCAUUUCAACUCAUGGCGAGGGAGUGAUCGAAAGGAAUACCAGCAGAGAAGAUGUCAUCUACACCACUGAUCAGACUAUCAAAGUCAGAUAUCUUCUUGAGUUAUUCACUGAUGAAAAAUGUCCAACCCUCAAAGGAAAACCAAGAAUAGUUUUUAUUCAGGUUUGUAAGCUACUCUUUCAUUUCUUGUUUGAUUUAAAAAACUUUAUGGUAUAUCAGAAACUAAUGUAUGAUAGCAGAGUAAUUUUUCUGGGACCUAGCAACCCCUGCAGCUGCAGUGGGUCUCAUAUUUAUGGGGCCCAAAGUUAGUAUGUGGAAAAAGAACUUUGAAUGCAGGGGUACAAAGCUGAAUAUUGGUAGGGGGCAUAAGUCACACAGCUCUGAAUGAUUUAAACCACAACUUUUACUUUACUGUGUAGCAAAGAAAUUAGUCAGAUGAGUGAUCAAUGAUUUAAAACCUAAUAUUCUUGCACAAAUUUAUGGUCAACUUUAAUUUGUAACUUAAAAAAAAAUUUUUUAAUGGAAAUCUUAGAUUGCGGAAUUCAUUUAAAGAGCUCUUUCAAACUACUGCUUCCUUACACAUUUUUAACCCUAUUUAUUUUACAAACAUUUAAAGACAGUAUUUGUUUUAUUUUGUGCUCUCUUUCCAGGCGUGCCGCGGGGAAGAAUUGGAUGAUGGAGUGACGGUACAUUUAUCAACGUCCACCAGUGUUCAGAACGCAGAUGAGGAGGACAUGACAGACCUGUCAUCCUACACUGCACAAAAACAGGUUGUGCAGCAAGCUUCUGAUGAUGCAGAUGCACUUCCAAGCAUUGCUGCCAUUCACAGGCAUGGACCAGGGCGACAUAAUUUUACAGUGCAACCGAAGCCUACUUUGUAAUUAUCAUUUUGGGUUUAUGUUUACUACUAUUAGUUAAAAAAAUAUAUAAUCUUUCCUGUGGGGCAGCAAGCCAUGUGCAUAUACUUUCUGUUUAUAUGUAUGCAUGGUUUUAAUCUGACAUUUAUGUGACUUAUGCAAGUUAACUUAAAUCUUAGUUUAUAAUAUUUUCUCUCUCUCAGCUAUACAUGAACUGAGCAACAAAUAUGCUAAACAUAGUGAGGAAGAACAUUUUGAAAAGAAGGAUAAUUUUAAGUUCAAGGAAUUCAUUUAAAUUCUACCUGGAAAAAUUACCCCAUGAACAUAUUAGAUGAAUCAAGUGAACAUAAGAGACAAAUCAAAUGAUUUAAUAAUGGUACUUUGCCGAAAUUUCCUCAGAGUGUCACAGCAAGUAAGACAAACCCAAGUAUACAGCUAUUCAGGUUACACACAGGAGGAGGUUUACGUAGUUCCUGCACCUUGCUAUGAUGAUUUCCUUGUGAUGUAUGCCACGCCCCCAGGUGAUUGUCAAAUAAUUUUUUUUAAUAAGAAAAUAAUGACAUACUUUCUAUGUUUAUAAAAUUUAACUCUUGUUAGAAUGUCAGAACAAUAAAAAAAGAUUUGAUGCUACAUUAAGAAAACAACUAAUUGGAAUGAUUAAAAUGACUUUAAAAGAAGCCAAAUCUACAAAUCAUUCUCAAAAGGAAGAAGGAAGAUUUGAUAGGAAGUUUUAAUUUUUAAUUAAGGGAUAAGUUGCUAACAUAGCGCUGCUAUGGAAAUGUAGUAAAGACAUAUAGAAACCUGUUAUUGGAUUAGAAGAGGCAUCACUACAAGCAGGGCUGGAAGGUAACAACCAAAAAAAGAAAAUGCAUGACUAUGAUAAGAGAAGAACAUACAGAUGAAACCAUUAAAAUUAGAAACCGCACUUUUGAAAAAUUAAAUCAAUUCAAAUACCUAGGAUGGAAAAGUUAGGUCGGACUAGAAGGAAGUGGGGAGGCAGGCCAAAGUCUUACAUAAGUUGUAGUGCCACAGGGAUGGGAUGGAUAAGUUGCUAAAUUUAUUUUUGUUUUAAGAAUAAAUUGAAAUUUUCAUUUAAGUAAAUUCUGAUACCCAGUAAUUGAGAAAUUAAUUGCCAUAUUUUAUGUUAUAAAGCUUUUUGCUUCUGACUUGUUUAAGAGUAAAUUUGUCAUUCUUUUCUAUUCCACAAGUAAUUAAGUUAUUUAUUUUCAUAAUGCCACAAGUAAUUAAGUUAUUUAUUUUCAUAAUGCCACAGGCUAUUUUGCAUUUCGGCGUACAACAGAGGGCUCAUGGUUCAUAAAAAAUCUGGCAGAAGUUUUACUACAACCUGGUAGGCGGAGCCUCCUGCGGGAACUGACUAGAGUGAUCCGGAAAGUGUCCCAAAACAUGGAAUCUAAAAAUAGUGAUAAAAAAUAUGAUGCCAAAAAACAGUCCCCCGUGAUAUAUUCCAAACUUAUCAAGGACAUUUAUCUCACACCAAAGAAUGGAAGUGAAUAUUGACCUUAAGUGCAAAUUUGUCAACCCAAUAAUCUGUGUUGUGCUGUGAAAGUCACAAAGAGCUAAAGCCCUAAUAAAAACAUCAAAGCUGCUAAGAUGAACCUUAUUAGCUCGUUGGAUGCGGAGCAAUGCACACUGCGUUCAUCCUCCGUUCUCAAAAGCACGGACCAACGCGCUGUACUUUGUUUCAAUAUCAUGUUUGUUUCUAUGCUAUUUCUCGGUUAAACUUUUUAAGAGCUAUUUUUAAAUAAGACUUUACAUAGAAGAGGAGUACUUCAAUGUUUAUAAGCAAAACCAAGGUUUAUUUAUUGUCAUUUGAAGCAUUAUUUUAAUGAUUUUCUUCAAUUUUUUUUUCUACUGUUGCUAUGGCUACUCUAGGCCCUAAUAGCCUAAAGAUUAACAGCUCAAAAAGCUUUGGAAUUGUUUUAUAUUAUUUCUUUUGAUAGUGAAGAUGAUUUAUAUUUAGAUCCAACGCAUGAUUCUGAUAGUUGUAGUUUUAGAGGAUUUGAGUUAUAGAAGUGAAAUUGAGGUAUGGGUCUAUCAUAGGGUUAGGGAAAAAAUGGUUUAGAAUAAAAUGUUUUCACAUUUUACUGUUCUUUUCUGUAACUUAUUUUAUUUAAACUGAAGAAAUAAGUUUACAAACAUAUAGUCCUUUUGAUUAUCUUUCAUUUGAUAUAAAGUUUUGUCUUAUAAAUUAAAGAACAAUAUUUUUAAAAUUUUUAAAUAAACCCAACCUCUUACUCUUUUUCGCUCUUUGACAAAAAUGUACAUUUUUUCGAUGAAAAAAUUCCGAAGCCAAAGAGUUAGAAUAAUUUUGUGUCUUGUGUUCAGGAAAUGUGUUUAGACUUCAGUUGCUGUAGGUUUAGUUCUUUUGCUGUAAGUCUAGUUCUGUUGCUAUAAGUCUAUUUCUGUAUCUCUAAGUCUAGUUCUGUGUCAGUUGUCACACCAAUAGUAUGGAAGCAAAUCCUUUUAAUUAAGAAAAGGAGAACAAAAAUAAUAUCAGUUUCCAGUUAAUUUGUAUACAUUUUACUGUUUGCAUGAAUACAAUGAAUUGCUAUACUGAAGUGUACAUGAAUACAAUGUUAUAUUAUUAAUAUUAUAGUGCAUAUAAAUACAAUGAGUGCUAUACUGUGGUGUACAUGAAUACAUAUAAUUUACUACACAUUGUUACGCACUGGCUUCUUUUGUGAGAAAUUAAUCUCCUAUUUUAAUUUUAUGGCUCGUUCAAACAGUGUCUAACAAAGGACGAUACUAUAGAGAAAUUCAAUAACAAAAAUACGACAACCAAAACAGUUGCCAAUUACAAUUAGUAAGAUUUAAUUUAGUAAUAAUACAAUUACAAAACAAAAGAAAAUAUAAUAACAAAUCAUCAACUUACAGAAUAUUGGAAAUCUUGUACCGGUACACAAUUAGUACAAUGUGCCAAUUAAUAAUGAUGGAUGCAAAUAAACACAUAUGAGCACACAAAGAAUAAUGCAAUUCUCUCAAAAAGUUAUUAAUAUAUAUCUGAAUCUCUCUCUCUCUCCGUGUCUGUCAAUCCCUUUAUAUAAGCAGCGUAAGCCCUGCCUUCCAGAAGCUACUUAGCAUUUGUUUACAUUUCUCAGCAAAUCAAAAACAAGAGACAAGGAGAGAGACUAACCAUGUUUAAUUGGUCGUCGGUAGUAAACAUGAUACAUCAAAGAGAUUAACCACGCCCAUAACAAACGCUACCGUCUGCUAGGCAUCUAAUGUGGGGUGAAACAAAGUUCAAUCAUGGGGAAAAAGUGUACUACAUAACAACAUAAUGCAGAUUUACUUGAGGUGCUUCCCUAAAAGAAUUUCUAUUUCUUCAAUAUUUCUUGUUAAUGUUUUUUUUAAUUUUGUCUUUUGUAUCAAAAAUUAUGGAGAGCACAAAAGAAAAGCAGCUUAAGCAUUAACUUUGUUUUCUCGUGUCUAUAUGGAAUGCCUUACUAUGUCCUCGGGUAGUGAUCUUUCAAAGGAACAACACAGAGUAUUUUUCACACCCUCUUGUCAUAUAAAAUGAGUGUUCUGACAAAAAUAUUAAUUUACUGCAACCAAUUCUCUGAACUUAUUUUAAGAUUUUACAGUACAGGAAAUCAAUAAUGAAACAGUG